AUGACAGGAACAAAAUUCGUGUUAUUGUUCUUCAAACUGUUGUUUGAGAGGUAUUUGAGUGUAGCCGCUGCUACAAAACAACUUGGGAUUCAUGUUCGUACAGCACAAAAAUGGGCUGCGCAAUACGAGAAAGAUCCUGACAGCAUCUUUGAGAAAUGGAGAAAGACUUUCCGUCCACGUAUUCUCCAUGACGAACACAAAAGCGCUAUUCUCGAGUGCAUCGAUGAGAAUCCUUCCAUCGUCCUAGACGAAGUAAUGAAGAAGUUAAAGCAAAUGUUUACCGAAUUAAAAGUAUCUAAGACUACCUUGUUAGAUUUUGUAAAACAACAUUGCAAUUUAUCUCUUAAGAAAGCUCGGCUUCAACCCAUAGACCGGAAUAGUGAAGAAAAGGUUCAAGAGCGCUUGGAUUGGGGAGCUUUGUGCUCAAGAGUUUUGGUGAGCCUCUAUUGGUGCGAAGCAAAAGAGGACGCCACGGCUUUUGUUUUGGAUUUUAUUUGUUAUAUGAUGCUUUUUGAGAGUUUUGAAUUUUCUAAACUCACAACUACGAAAUACCCAAAUGUGGAGCUGUUCAUUGUCGAAAAAUAUAACAACCACAAACUUGAACUUGGCACGAAAACCAUGAAUGUCCUCAUUACAUCAUCCAUCCAAAUUGACAAAAAUCAGUCCCCAGCUGUCGGUCCAUCCAGCACAAAUGGGUUCAGUGAUUCAGAUGCAAAAAUAGCAUCCCAGUUGUUUCGAGCAGUCGCGGCAUCUGUUUGGGAACAAGGUGAAAACGCUAUCCUUAGCCGACAUUGUGUUAAUGAUCAACAAAAAAAUGCAAGACAAACGGCAAAGUUUGGAAUACUAUGGAUGAGAUUCUCAGGCUGUUCAAUAACAGCUCAACCAUCGACAUCAUUGCCCUCUCUCAUCACUGCAAAUGCCGAAGUGACGCGCACCAUUUGUCAAAUCUUCACCAUAUGA